UCGAUAUCAGAAAAUCCGCGCAUUUAGAAAAUCCUGUGAAACCUGGAUCUUUUUCUGCACCAUGGACUAUGAUUUGUUCCAGUCGGAUGACGACGAGGAGAUCCUGACCGCCUUCGCCCAGGCCACCCAGAAGUUGCAGCAGGAAACGCUCCACGGACAAAUAAAUUUGGACGAUGCAGAAGUAGAAGACUUUGACGAUGAACUAAACUUUCUGCCGGAGUUCUGCUGCAGCGGCCGGGACACAGUAAAGAGUCAGUUUCCGGAGGGUGGUUUUCUGCGGAACGGUUACUCCCGGUUGAAUCCGCCUCGCUGUGAUCUGGAUAACCUAUGCUUCGACUUCGCCCAGGGUCAACUGUCGGUUGCCGCAGUCAGGAACUAUCUUUACGGCGAGGCCUGUAAGAAUGUGCAAAAGCUUUUUUCCGCCGUGGCGGGGCAGCAGCAACUGCAGACCACAACCUCUUCCCUGAACUCCGGAUGGUUUGGAGUGCGCCGAAAAGUCACCCACUUCUACCAUCUGCUGCUUCAACUGCGAGAAAACAACCUUCUGCUUGGGGCACCCCAGUUUCUGGAGGAUCUGCGUUAUUUGCUUAGCAAUCAGCUGGAUACGGAUGCCUGGAAAAUUUUGUACUUUGCGGAGCACAACAAGGGAAACGAAUGCCAAGCGCCGGCCUAUCACCUGUAUCACGGCAUCCUGGAGUGGCGCAUCCUGGAUCUCCACCUGUUGUAUUCCUCUGGGGAGAAUCAGGGCAUUCUAGGGCACGUGGAGCAAACACUGGAAGAUCUAAUAGUGUGCGCCGGUCAUAAUUUCCGCAGCAAACAUCGCCCAGAGCUGAUCCAUUCCUCCCCGUUUAUUUGUCGCUGCACCAAGGAGCUGUGGCUUCUGCUGAAGCAUCUUGUCCCCCAAUGGCUGAGUGAGAUGGAUCUGGACUUUUGGACGCUCUUUCACAUGGCCAUGCAGAGGCACAGGGCAAACCACUUUAAUGGUGAGAUCAAUGCAGUUUCCUUGACAUACCAUGAGUUUUACGCCUGGCUACGACUUGGAGUGGCACGUUUGGAAGAGUACAGCAGCGAGGGUCAGUACCUACCGGAGCAAACGAAAAUCUUGCCGCCUGGCAGCUUCCAAACCGCCAGUCUACUAAAACAAUUUUUGGCCAGUCAGCCGGACGAGCAGCAGCGUCGUGUUUAUCUUUCACUGAUCUCGCCCCUACAACUGCAAUUUGGUCAGCCGGACAUGGAUGUGCUGUGCCAACUAUGGGAGUACCUGCAUCGCUUACUGAACUGCAACUUCAGUGCAGGAACCGAAUUGGAUCAGCUUCCCCUCACCUGUCCCAGUGGCGCUGCUUAUGUGGAGCGCUACAGCAAGUUGCUGGACAAGUCUCAUCUGGAAGAUCUGAAUCUGAGCAGUUUCACCAUGUACGCCUGGAUGCUGGGUAGGACCUUAAAGACGCUGCCAAUGCAGGGCCGGAGCAACCAGCGCCAGAAAAUGCUGGGUCGCAUCUUCAGCAAAUUCAGUGCCGCGAAGCUCUUGGCUCUCAAUGAACCCGGUAUCCACCAUGUGAUUGAGCUCUUCCUGUGCCUGCUGCUUAGCCAGGAGGAUCUCGGCGAGCUGGCGCCCAAGCUGCGCGAUAUGCUGCUUUGUUUGGCUCUGGAUAAGCUGCCACCGGUGCGAAGGACUCUCGUGGCCAAGGGACACAUGGCUCUGCUUCUCCUUCAUGCGCAUCAUCGCCUUCCUAUGGAGGACUAUGUGGGAAAGCUGCUUAACCAGUUGGCCACCAUUCGAAAUGACACGGAGGUGGGCGCCAUAUAUGUGAGCAGCCUGCAGACCGUCUUUGAUCUGGCAGAUGACUUUAACCGCGGCGAGCAGCAACUUUUGGGACCCUGGUUAACGCACUACGUGGAAAAGAGUGGCCAGGCUUCGCAGGACCGCGUAUGGCAGGCCAUUCAUUCCCUGGUCCUGCGCCUUGGCGAUCCAAAAGCAGUGGCAGGCAAUGCCAGUGGUAUGAAGGAGGCGCUCCAGCAGCACAUUCUGCCACUGCUGAGGACGCAGUACGUCAGUGGGCAUAGCUCAUGGUUGCCCAUGUUGGCGGCCAAGUUUGUUUCCCUGGCCGAGGAUCAGGAUAAACUGCUGCUGGGCUUUCUUCAGGGUCCGGAACCUAUUAAUAUGGCCGCUUCGGCGCAGUUGAUGCUCCAUGUGCUUAAAGACGGCUGCCGGCCUGCAAGCUCCACGAUCCUGCAGGUCUGGGUGAAGUCCUUGGUUCUCCUUAACGCGCAAAAUGAGUCCGUCCUGGCCCUAACGCCCCAUGUUACAAAUCUGGAGGAGUUCCGGCAGCUAGCUAUUGAUCCGGCAUCUUUAGAGAGCGGCCGCGAGCCUCUCUGUGCCUUUUUUGGAGCCCUCGGAAGGCGCGCACAGCAGGAGGAGGCUGCGGCGCACGUGCGGAUGCAGUUGAGCCACAAACUGCACGCCUAUGUAAAUCAUUUCGAGCUCUGGCUGCCACCGGAUCGCCAGCGGUCGGAGCUGGGAUCCCGCUUCUACAGUUUCCUAGCUAUAGUCAUCUACAACUGCCCAACGCUCGCGUACGUCCGCUCUAAGCCCAGCUGUUUUUUCCACCUGGCUAUGGUGCGGUUCCUGCUUACCACGCAGCUGCAAGCCGGUGUGCAGCCUGAGGGCCGUCUGCCGCAAAUGGUGCACAAAAUCUUCCCAGUACUGCUGCAGGGGAUUGGUCGGCUACCCUACCGCACAGACACCUACGUGGCCAAGACCCUGGAGCAGCUGGUACAGCAUUGGACGCCACACUUUGGAUUUUCGCCGAACGCAAAGCUGGUGGCUCGACCUUACGCUACGCUUCUCCAGGCAGAUGCAGAUGGAGUGCUGGCGCAGUUCGUGCUUCAGCUCCUGGUGAACCAAUUCUUGGUAGUGCAGAGGCGGAAGGCUGGCCAGCAUGUGCCUCUGGUAAUCACCAUCUUGCAGCAGCUGAUCGAGGGCACGACCGCAGAGCAGGAUCAGCAGCUGAUGACCAUUCUCCGCGGCGUGCACAUCCCUCUGCUGGAACACGUGAUGUUCGUGGACGAACUAGACCUCAGUCGCGGUCAGGUGUUUGGACUCUAUCGAGCGCUGGUAUCCCACGAGACGUAUAAGUGCUCUCAAUCUGUUAGGGAAAUGUGCUCCAAUGACUUGCGAUCCCUGGCCGAGAAGCACCUUGCCCACUGCACCUACUUUUACUUCCAGAUGCUGAUUAAGCUGGCGGAACUUGCACCGAAUCUGGUGGCUCCACUCCUGCCUUUCGUCCAGAAGCAAGCAAAGCAGGUAGAGCUUAAACGCGGCGCUGGCGAGGAUGUGGGCAUUCGCAAGUGUCUACAGCGACUACAAAAGGUUUUAAGCUAG